AUGUCAUACGUUGACCCCGCCAAUUACCCCAUGGAUAUUCCGGAGGGUGGCUGGCAUGCAGACGUUGAUGACGCUGACGAUUUCCGUCUUCCGUCUGGCCUUGACACGGACCUCUUCCUCUACCGCGCCAAACGUGCGGACGGCUCACUAUUCUGGGUUGUGAAGGAGAAUGCGCGCACGGCUGCGUGCUCACCCACUGCUGAGCAGCUGGCCGCAGCUAUUGGCUUCUCCAAGGAUUGCCUUAUCCGCGCCCUCCGGGCCGAGAUUGACACCCUCCACGCUCAGCCGCCUCAUCCGCAGGGCCCUCAAGGCCCCGCUCAGGCCGCCGCCGUUCGUCCUCAGCAACUUCGCCUGCCACUGCUGCGUAGCUUUAGCGGAGUGCCUACCAAGGAGGGGGUGUACGACCCGGAGCCACACGACUUCACCGUCACUAUUAGCCAUUACGUGUACGCCCAGAGUCAGGAACUCGGCGUGACCUUCAACGAAGACAGGAAGAUUCACGUCUUCUCAAGCUUCCUUGAACAGUCUGCGGCCCGCUGGUAUCAUCAGCUGCUUCAGGAACGGAACAUCACCUUGCGCAGUAGCCAACCCUAUACCGGCCCGCUCAAUAACACCAACACACUGGUCGCGGCUUUCCUACGCAAAUACGAAGAUGUCAACAUCCGCGCCACGGCAAAGCACAAGAUCCGCACUCUCCAGCAGGAUGGCACGGCAGAGGUCCACAUGCGCUUCUUUAAGAAGUGCGCACUGCUCAGCGGCUAUGGCGAGGAAGCGCUCGUCGACUGGUUCAAGUCGAGCCUCAAGGUCGCCCUGAAGGACAAGGACGCCAUCCUCUUCGACUGGCAGUAUUGUGAGGAUCAGCUGGAUUGCGCAUUGGCACGCAAGUCCUCGCAGCUGGCCACCGGUAAUACGUCCUCGCGCAACCAGUCUGCCAGCGCAAACAAUAACACCGGUCAGCCCGCGGGUGGCUCGCAGCAGCAGCAGGCCCCGCGCAACGCCAACCAGUGGCAGCCGCGCAAUGGCAACUGGUGCCCUUGGGGCACUCCCGCCCAGCAACAGCGCGCACCGGCACCGGCGGCCAACACUGGUGUGGUCCCCAUGGACAUCGAAUCGGCCAACGCAGCCAUGGCGUGCUACCGCUGUGGUGAGAACCACUUGGCGUGCAACUGCGACACGCCUAUGGAGACUAUCCGGCGAAAGUACGGUCGGGAUAGGAUGAUUCCUUUCCCUCCGGGCUAUCGGGCCCGUGCCACGAUGUUUGCCAAUGUGGACGACUUUGCCGCCUCGCUGUCUCCGGCUGAUCGGGCCGACUUGGCACGCGUGCUGCAGAGUGGAGGGGAAGCACUGGCUGCUCCCCCAACUCAAGUGUCGCAGCAGGGUUUUACCAGCGGCUCGUCGUGA